AUAUGCCGGCUAAAUUUUUUUCUGGAACUUUUCUUUUCAAGCUCGAGGGAGAGAGUAACGCUGGAAGGCUAUCCGAGGAAAACUGGCUGGUUUUAGGACCCUGUGAAGCAGAUUGCUUGCUUAAAACAUCACCAGCAUUUCUGAGAGCUGGUUGCUUAUUCAUUCAGAGGCAGGAACAGAACCAUCCAGCAACUGGGAUCUACCAACUUCCUUUGGAAACAGGCAAUGUAAAAAAAAAAAAAAACCCAACACACAGAAGACCAAAGUCAAGAAAAACUUUUGAGGUUCUUCUCUCUUCUCUCUCUCUCCCCUUCAUUCUCUCUCUCUCUCUCUCUCUCUCUCUCUCUCUCUCUCUCUCUCUCUCUCCCUCCUUCUCUCUCCUCUCUCUCUCCUUCUCUCUCUCUCUCUCUCUGCCUCUCAGUCACUCACUUUCUAACUCUCGCUCUCUUUUUCUCUCUCCCCUUUGCUCCAGAGCCUCAUUCUUUGCAGGCUUUUUUUUUUUCCUCCAUAACCUCAAGAUGAAGUUUGCCGAGAACGGCUGCUGGGGCAUCUUAGCAGAAGCGAGGAAUGGACAGCGUUGAGAGCGGCUUGCUAAGGGAAGCGGAGAAGGGAAGAAGCCAGUCAUCAGAACUUGGGCCCUGGGCUGUUUCACGGAGGUGUUUUCCUGCUCCGAAGAGCAUCCACUAAAGACAACCCUCUUGAUCUCGGCCUCAACAUGACAACUCACGGCUUCUGGGACCUUUGGGUAUUGGUGGGUUCUGUCGCAUUCCUGCUGGUCCGUGGACAGUACGCUCAACAGGGCAAUGGGGACAAUGGUCACUGGAGGCAGAUGAUCCAGUGGGAGAAUAACGGGAGGCUGUACAGCCUCUUGAACUCCGGCUCAGAGUACGUCCCGGCCAGCCACGUAAGAGCCGAGAGCAGCGCCAGAGUGAUGUUGGCCGACGCCGCCACUAACCAAGGACAACGGACUGCAGGGAACACUCGGAGACAAGCGCCAACCUUACCCAUCAGGUCAGGAUCUGAUACAGUCCGGGGACACACUAGGCACCCCUUCGGUUUUGGGCAGGUACCAGACAACUGGAGAGAUGGAACCGCUGGAGACAGCAACUCCAACUCCCAUCGUCCGUGGUCAGGCGCUCCUCGCCAGCGGCAAGUGGGCGCUGCAUCCUCUUCCUCUUCGUACGUCGCGUUUGGACAGCUCUACCCACAGGGCUCCUACCCUCAGCCCCCUUACGCCAACCAGUACGAGACCUACGACCCGCAGGUGCCCCGGGCGUACGACGAGAGCCACAAUUACUACCGUACCACCGGGACGUGGGGCGGUGCUGUGGCAGCCGCCGCAGCCAGCGCUGGAGUGGUGAACCCUUUUCAACCCAGAGUGAGGUACGAAGACUAUACAGAGGACCAGAAUCCCUACCGAGCUCAACCCCAACCCUACGCCCCUGCCCAGGAGAGACCGUACGUGCCUUCCGCCCAACAGCUCCCAUCACCGGAUGGCUUAGACAGACGGUAUUCCCACAGUCUCUACCAUGACACUGGAACCAGUUUUGACCAUAAUGUCCCAGAUUCCUACCCGUCCACCCAGAACCAGGGGCAAGGAGUCCCUCUUGCAGAUAACUUGCAUGUCCACUCUGGAUCGCCUGCCAACGCUGGUACCAGCUACGGGAACGAGCCCUGGGCGAGGCAGUAUCCUCCUUUUGGGCAGGUUCCCGAAGAACCCUACAUUCCUGCUCGCAACGUGGAACCCCAGCCUCCUUUCCGGCCCUUAGACCCCCAUGGGGUCCCUCGGCCUGAGCCCUACCUUCCUAUCCGGAACUCUGAAACUCCCCAGUUGAUUCCAGACAACCAAGGAGUCAACCAAGGCCGCCUGAGUGUGGGCAGCAUCUACAGACCGAAUCAGAACGGACGCGGGCUGCCUGAUCUUGUACCUGACCCAAACUAUGUCCAAGCAUCCACUUACGUUCAGAGAGCUCACCUCUACUCACUCCGUUGCGCAGCCGAAGAGAAGUGCCUCGCAAGCACGGCUUACACAGAAGAAGCGACCGAUUACGAUGUCCGGGUGCUACUGCGUUUCCCGCAGCGAGUAAAGAACCAGGGGACAGCGGACUUCUUGCCCAACCGAGCCCGUCAUACUUGGGAAUGGCACAGUUGCCAUCAGCAUUAUCACAGUAUGGAUGAGUUCAGCCAUUAUGACUUGCUGGAUGCUACCACGGGGAAGAAGGUGGCGGAAGGCCACAAAGCUAGCUUCUGUCUGGAAGACACCACAUGCGACUUUGGGAAUCUCAAGCGCUAUGCCUGUACAUCACAUACCCAGGGUCUGAGUCCCGGUUGCUAUGACACUUACAAUGCUGAUAUAGAUUGCCAGUGGAUCGAUAUCACAGAUGUUCAGCCUGGGAAUUAUAUCCUAAAGGUUCAGGUAAAUCCCAAAUACAUUGUGAUGGAAUCAGACUUCACCAACAACGUGGUAAGGUGCAACGUUCACUACACCGGGCGCUUUGUGGCCACCACAAACUGCAAAAUCUCCCAGUCUUGAUUUCAACCAGGAUGGUAGCAGCUCUUCCACCUUGCUUAAUUGUCCUCUCGUUUUCUGCAAAAAGCCUCUCGCAAGGUGUAGCCCGCUAGGAGGGACUGGCCUCAUCAUCGCACCUGGGCUCUAUACAGAAAUGGGAACGGUUCCACAGCUUUUUUUUUUUAUUGAGACUAUGUUAAAUGAAAAUGUGUCACUUUCAUACUUUUUAUAAAGACUUUUGUUUCUGAA